UAUAUAUACACACACAACUGUACAGAAAUAAGAUAAACUACAAAUAAGUACAACUAUGUGUUGUACUUGAAUAGAAAUAGAAACAAAAGAGAAUAAAUAAAUAAAUACAAUAGUACACAGACAGAGUGGAACAGUGCAAGGGUGAGGGGUGAUGCAGGUCAGCCAUGAUGUUAGUGGCUUUAAGAUCGCAGCAUGAGGUGUAAAUAUCCUGUAGACUGGGAAGAGACCUGCUAAAAACGCGUUUAGCAGUCCGCACUGUUCUCUGGAGGGGCUCUGUGGUCGGACGUGUGGGAGUUUCCAUACCAGAUUGUGAUGCAGCUGGUUAGGACGCUCUCUAUGGCGCCUCUGUGUUAAGGAUGUCUUCUUCAAUUGUCUCAGGAAGUGCAGUUUCUGCUGGGCUUUUUUUCACUGAUUUGGUGUUGCUAGUCCAGGACAGGUCCUCUGUGAUGUGAACACCGAGGACUUCGGUGCUCUUCACUUUACUUGUGAUGAGCACUGAUGAUGACACACCAGCAGGAGAGUCGUCUAUGGGUCGUUGUUCGACGGCGCGCAGUGAUGUGAAAUAAUGUCUCACCUCAAAUGUGUUCAAACUGUUUUAGAAAUGUAAGAAAGUUCAAAUUUUGGUAUUUAAAGUAGAGAGUAAGAGUUUAAAGUUGUCAUAAAUAUAAAUACUCAAGUAUAGUACUUCCCACCUCUGGAGAUUACUGCGCUACUUCUUUUUCAAUAAACACAUUACUGACAGUCUACUGAGAAAUCAGAGUCAUGAUGAGUCAUGAUGCUCCUUUAAAAUGUGCUAGGGUCAUGUUGUGUAGCUCUGCCAGCUCAGCUCGAGACACUUUAUUGUGUUCUGGCUCAUUCAGAGAGCGUUUGUGUUUCACAGUCAGAGAUUCACUGUAUGCUCAAUCUUAAUAUCUGAAUCUAGAAUCAGCGAAUCUAGAAGCAGCGGUGCCUGUGGUUCACAUACAGUUUUCUGAGAAUUUAAACAGACCGUGAGAGUGAGCAUGGUGGUGUUUCAUAUCUAUCUAUAAAUGUGACACUUGUUUUUAAUGAAUGUGUGUGUGUGACCUGUUUACAUAUCUUUGUGGGAACCAAAAAUGGAAAGUUUACUAUACUUGUGUGGACCAACAGCCCUUAUAGGGACAAAAUCCUGGUCCCCAUGAGUUUGAAGGCAUUUUUGGGAUUCAAAAUGUGGUUUUAGUGUCAGGGUUACAAUUAGGUUACAGUUAGGGUAAGGGUAAGGGUAUGUCAAACACACACACACACACACACACACACACACACACACACACACACACACACACACACACACACACACACAGCAUUAUUGUACUUCUACAUCUGCCUCUGUAGGUUUAAACUUUAAGCUUCUUGUUUUUUGUGUUUUGCUGUUGUUACAAAAGCUUCAGAAAAAUCAUUUCACUCACAUCUAAAUUAGCAUUUGCUCUUUAGCUGAACAUAACUGAAGAUAAAAGCCAGUUUCAUUUAUCGCGGUUCCUUUUUGUCCUGUAAAGCUUUCAUUACGAGACACAAAAUGAUAUUUACAAAAGUUCUCAAAGUGAUUAAACUUUAUAUUUUCUGCGUUGCUCUCUUCUAAGAGCAAAUGCUGACAAAGAAGAAAACUGAACCAGACGACCAGCAGCCUUCUGAAACCCAGACCCACUCUUACAUGUGUUUUUGUACUGAUAACCGUGAUCAAACUAUAACAAGUUUGUGGUUUGUACACUCGGCUCUGCAACGGCUCGUUUUCUAUAUAGUCGCUCAUGUUUAUGACUGCCCCAGUUAAUGCUGGCUGCUCUGAAAACUCUCAGUGGUGAGCGUUUCACCUGUGUGUGUCUGUCUCUGGUCCUCAACUUCUGUAAAAGAAGAGGCUAACACCCUCCUCAGCUGGAGUUGAGGAGGGUGUUAGCCACCAACACACAUCUGGAAAAGAAUCACUUUAGCGGCCACAGUGCAGUUCAUCUAUAGUUUGCUGUGAACUGUGCUCAUAAUAUGUGAGACAACAUGGCCCACCAAACCUGGAAUAUCCCUAGACUGUGAAUUAAUUUAUACAUUUAUACACACAGACACACACACACACACAGACACACACACAUAAAUAUAUAUAUAUGCUCACUUUUAGUUUGACUUUUGCAGAUCUUUCUGAUUUAAUGAUCAUAUAUACGAUGAGGAAUCAUGCAGACUCAUCUUGAGUGAAGGAUGUGGUUAGAAGACUGAUAAUCUGAUGACUAUCAAAUCAAACUGCUGUAUAAAAGGUUCACCUUGACACUUCUACAAACACAACGUAACCUUUUUGCUAGCAUCAUGCUCGGUCUGCAGAAAUUUCUGCUCCUCCAUCUUCUGGCAUUCCUCGGAAAGCUCUCACAUGGAAGUGACAUCAUACAUGGUGAAAAAGCCCCAGAGAACUCAAUGCAGUACAUGGCCUCUGUGCAGAACAACAAUGGUCACCAUGUUUGUGGAGGAUUUCUCAUCAAGGAGGACUUUGUAGUCUCGGCUGCACACUGUUAUAACGCGAGCCCCACAUACGUUGUUCUCGGCAACCACAAUCUGAAGAACGGUAAUCAUCAAAAAAUAAAGAUUGAAAACAAAACCAUCCAUGAAAAUUAUAAAGAUGCUGGACUGGGUGAUGACAUCAUGCUGAUUAAACUGUCUGAGAAAGUUCAACUGGGCCAUGGCGUAGAAAGAAUUCAGCUUCCACCUGCUGAAAUAAACCUAAACGAAAACCAAGUGUGUCAGGUGGCUGGAUGGGGAAAAACUAAAACUGAUCAUAAUAAACCUGCUGAUGAGCUGAUGGUGGCGAACGUGUCCGUCAUUGACAAACAAGUCUGUAUAAAACUAUGGGAUGAUCUUCCUGACAAUGUCAUCUGUGCAGGUGGAUAUGAAACAACCAAAGGAUUCUGUCAGGGAGAUUCUGGUGGUCCUCUGGUGUGCAAUGGGUCAGCUUAUGGCGUCGUUUCUUUCAACUAUAAAGGAAACUGCAGUUACCCCAAUAAACCCAACGUCUAUACAGACAUCUCAAAAUACCUUCAGUGGAUUCACCGGAUUGUGAAAUCCCGAAAAUAUGAGGAGUAAAAACUUCAUUGAAAGUUUGGCUUGUAUAUUAAAGAAAUGUCAGCAUUUCUGAUUCUCUGUCAGUGUAACCAAAAAUGAAAAGUAUUAAAUAUGUGAUUUCCUUUUUUUAACUGAUUGUUUUAUUUUGAACAUCAUAAAUAAUAAAGUAACAAUAAAAUACAAAGUAAACAGUAAAAAAAUGUGGGAAAACCAGUCACUAUUUCCCCAUGUUACAUCAUAAAUAUGCCGUACUUCUUAGGGCAGGGUUCGUAUUAUGGGUUAUUCUUUCUUUUUUGCAUCUUUAUUUGAUCUUCAUCAUAUCGAUGUACAUCAUGGAUGUUCUGUUGUUCAGUCGUCCUUUUAAUUUACCUGUAUAAAUGUGAUAAAGACUGUUCUCAUUUACCAACUUGCAUUAAAAAAAUAAAUACUAUCAAAAAUUUGUAGAAUGUGUCCUUUCCUUUUAAAUACCUGGAAGUUAGCUGAGGUUAAUCCACUUAAUCAUAUGACCCAUGUCCUGAAAAUACACUGUACUUAUGAUAUAAGAUUUCUACAAGUAAUAAAUUACAUAUGAAUUAAAAUGACCUAUACAGUACUAAAAAUUACUUACAGUAUUUGUGUAUUUCCUUUCAAAUACUCAAAAUUUAGGCACAACCUAAAAUUACUUACACACUACUUAAAUGCAAUUAUUCUUUUUUUUUUAAUGUAAAGUAACUGGUGUUGCAAUACUUAAAAAAUCAUGUUGCAAUGAAUAAUUAUAUUCCACACGAUCUACACACUUGAAAGUUAGCAGUUAUUUAAUCAUAUCCUCAUUAAUGCUGUUUAAUUAUUUACAAAUCAGUCUUCCAUAUGAUGUAUACUCAGAAAAUAUACAUGUAUAAGUACAUACACGUCUACACAUACAGUACAAACAUAAACAAUAUAUACUUCACCACUCAAAGGUCACUUUACAGAUGCAAUAGAAAUUAAUUUAAAUUGCUUAAAUUUAUAAAACUCUUUUUUCCCCUUCAGCCAGUGGAACAAUUACCCACUCAGUGCAAAUACACUCUACUCUGUUUUAUUGUUCUCUUCAGAUAACAACAGAUGAUUAUCACCAACCACAGUCUUCUCAAAGUUUGCAGAGUAGUCUACGCUUAAAUAUAAAUGAAACACAUAUAAAUGUACAUCUGUGGUGUUCUGUGUGCAGCAUAUGUAUAUUCCAACACAUGCACAGUAUUUUAAAGUGAGUGGGGAGUGUAUUGUGUAAAUGAUGCUCCUCAUUUCUGUUAAACACUGUUGGUGGUGUUUCUUCCAACUACAAAAACAGCUGCAAACAUCCCGAUAAGCCCGACGUCUUUAUGACAUCUCAAAAUACCUUCAGUCUACUGACGAGCUAAUUAAGUUUUACUUUUGCAUUACUGAAAUGUAAUUUCUGAUUGCACUGUAAGUGUGACCAGAAAUAAAAAAAUAAAAAUAUCGUUUGACAUUUUAUAUCCUUUUGUAAUAUCCUUCUGUAACAAUUGUGAUCUUUUUUAUUAUCAGCUCGAUUUCAACAAGAGUGAAACAUUUGUUGAUUCAGUCAUUUCAAUUAAACCGUUUAAAGGGUCAUCGUGACAAAAGGAAGAUUAAAAGAAUACAUACUGAUGAGGAAAUAAAGUCACCAGAGAUCACCGGUCUAUUGUAAGACUAUCACACAGAGGAAGACAACCAUUCACACUCCUGUGUGAAUUUAGAAUCA